CCUCAUCAACCAUCAUGGCUUCAAUCAACGAUUUAGCUACAGCCGCGAUUGCGAGCUCUGAUACUGCCGAUGAUUCAACUCGAGGCGCAUUCGUUGUUUUGGAGGGUUUGGAUAGAAGUGGAAAGACGACGCAGGUGAAACUGUUGGAGCAGAGAUUCGUCGAGGAGGGUAAAAAGGUCAAGGUUAUGAGAUUUCCUGACAGGACUACACCUAUUGGUCAAAUGAUUGAUGCUUAUCUCAAGAGUGAUGUCGAGAUGGAUGAUCAUGUUAUUCAUCUAUUGUUCAGCGCAAACCGAUGGGAAGCUGUCAAACAAAUUCAAUCUCUCCUCGCUUCUGGUACUACAAUUGUCUGCGACCGGUAUUAUCACUCAGGCAUAGUCUACUCUGCCGCCAAGCAAAACCCCUCUCUGACCCUCCCUUGGGCACGAGCACCAGAACGCGGUCUUCCCCGACCAGAUCUCGUGCUGUUUCUCGAUCUGACCGAAGAGCAAGCUCAAGCUCGAGGUGGUUGGGGUGGAGAAGUUUAUGAACGAUCUGGUAUGCAGAAACGUGUACGGGAAUUAUUCUGGGGUCUCAGCAUGGGCGGAAAGGACGUUGCAGCGCAGGGACUUGGUUUGGAUGAGGGCGAGGGCUGGACGCAGGAGGAGGAGGAUCUUGUGGUGAUUGAUGCUGGCGGGAGUGUGGAGGAGGUUGCUGAGGAGGUUUGGAAGAAGGUUAGGGGUAGGGUUGAACAGGUUGAGAGGGGAGAAGUUGGAAGGACUGUGAGGGUUGUUAGGUGAGAUGCCAGAAAGGUCUCUGUUGCAAUGACAGCAAAAAUGAAUCCCCGAGACCUGGAUCGAACAAGUGACCUUUCGGUGACGGUACAGUUACAGCCGAACGCUCUUCCAGCUGAGCUACUCGGGGAUGGCUCUGACGAUCAGAGGAGUAGCUAUGGCGAUCGGCGAGGAAAGUUGGAUACAUGAGGAUUGGAUGAUGCUGUGCUCUCAACGAGGUAAGAUGGGCUGUGACAGUGAGAUUCGUGCAGGCUGCGGGUGCAGGAGACUGGAUGCAGUGGUUGAAGUAUC